UGGCUCGCUAAUUCCCAUGGGGUAGAAGGGAGCACUCCCCACACGGGCACAGGGCUGAGGCUCCAGACGAGGGCCUGAGUGAGACCAAGAGCGACCAGGCAGGAUGAGACCCAGGGAGCAAACUCAUUGACACUGUGUGGAGUCAGCAGGACCCCAGGUCUUUCUGCCUGCCCAGGCCUCUGCCUCAGCUCCGACUCCCAGGGUCACGUGACCCCAGAAUGCUGGGUGGUUCAGGAUCAGGCAGUAUUGGAAGCAGGAAGAAGGCCUGGGUCAGACAGUCACCACUGAGAGCCAGAAGCCCCAGGAGUCAGACACUUGGAUGUGGUGCGGCCAAGACAAGAAGCAGACAGGGAGCAGAGUGUAGUCAUCAAAACAUGGGAUGUGGACCAGAGAGCCGAGUUCAAGUCCUGGCCCCUGCAGCUCUGUGAAAAUAUGGCCUGGAUGGCCUGAGGAGCUGUAAGGAAACCUCCCAGAGACGCUGCUGCUGAUACCAUGGCCUCUGUCUCCUCCCCAGAUAGUGACAGUUUCGUAGAAGACGUCAUUGAGUAUAUCAUGGACACACUGAGCAGUGAGGACCUGCAGCAACUGCUGACUGAAGAUGGCUCCUGGGAGAUAUUGGUGGAGACGACUGAUUUGACCAGGGAGGAGGCAGAUGCUGUACGUGAGACUCUGACUGAGUUGGAAGCACACAAGGAGAGGUUUUUGAAUGUAUUUCCUCAUGUGAAAAAGGAGCUGGAGGAGGGCAUAGCCAAGCUCUACGGGCUUGCAGAUAAGGUUGACAAGGUGCACAAGGACUGCACCAUCACCAAUGUGGUGGCCAGCUCCACCGGUGCUGUCUCUGGGAUCCUGACCAUCCUUAGCCUGGCUCUGGCACCUGUGACAGCAGGUGGCAGUCUGGUGCUCUCAGCCACUGGGAUGGGGCUGGAAGCAGUGGCCACUGUGACUGGUGUUUCUGCUAGCAUUGUGGACCACUCAAACACAUUAUCAGCAAAAGCUGAAGCCAGGCGCCUGCUGUCAACCAGCAUGGACACAGAGAAGGAGGUUUUCCAGGCUGUGGGUGAGGCCACACCCAAAGUUAUUUCUGCAACUGAGAAAUGUGUGAAAGCCUUCCAAGCCAUUGGGAAGAAUGUCUGUGCCAUUAAUGUGGCUAAAUCCAACCCUCGGUUACUAGCCAAGGCCAACUGCCUUAUGAAAACUGGGAAAAUCUCAGCCCGAAGUGGUAAGCAGGUGCAGAAAACCCUUGGAGGGACUGUUCUGGCAAUGUCCAAAGAAGCCCGGAUCAUGGGAGCAAGAACUGCAGGUGUAACCCUUCUGAAGGAUGUGUACAACCUUGUGGAAGAUUCAGUGCAUUUGCACAAGGGGGCAAAGACAGAGUCAGCUGAAGAGCUGCGGCAGCAGGCUCAGGUUCUGGAGAGGAAGUUGGAGGAGCUCAUCCGGAUCCAUGAGAGUUUGCAGUCAGACCUGACUAAGUGACACCCAGCCCAAGCAGUGCAGAUCUCAGGGCCCUUGUGCUUUUCAAACACAUGGACAAAGGCAGGAAGUUUUGCAGAGGAGAAAAAGAGGGUGAGAUGAAAUCUAUGCUGGGUAUUAAGGAAUUUUGGAUUUCUGGAACUAAACAUAUCCAGAGAGGGGUUAUUGCAGAUAAGUGAAUUAAAGAGAAAGCAGGGACCUGGGGCCUGACAUAAGGGACAAGAAGUGACUGAAGUACAUGGGAAAUAGGAGGAAAGAGUAUUUUUUUCCUAACAAUUCACUGUGGACCUGGGUAGAAGCAGCUGCAGGAAGAAACAGUGGGAAGUUUAGAAAAACAGAAGAGCAGAAGUUGAGAGGAGCCACGGUUAGAACUGUUUGGACUUGGGAGGAGAAAUGGGGCUCUGCGUCUCACUCCUCUCACAGGCUGAUGUCCCAGCAAGAGUGCAGCCUGUCCUCUUCGUCCCCAGGGUCAGCACGCCCUUGUCUCUGUCAGGCAGUGACUUCCUGAUCAUGAUGAUGAAGAUGAUGAUGGUGGCGGGGGUGGGGUGGGGAGGGAUGACAGUAGAGCUGGUGGAGCACUUUGCACAUGGCCAAAGGGAGGAGGGAAGUAUAAGAGGAUGAAAAAAGUUUUAAGACACGUUAGUACGUGUACCACUCUCACCAUGAGGGAUGGAAACAUUAUGUAUUAUAAACAUGUACUAAUAAAAAACAAAAAUUGUAAAAAAA